AUGAGCUGGUUCGCGGCUUCAAGAGCGGUCGGCGCUCCGGCACAAGAGACUUAUAAGGGCUUUCGCCUGCGCGCAGACGUGCACCAUCAGCACGAGACCCUGGAGCAGCUGGCGAGCAGGCACAAGACUUCACCCGAGGCGGCGGACCGCGCGGCUGAGGCGGCCGUCACGGUGGGCGACGUGUCACGCGGCUCCGGCUGGUACGUCGAGGCGCUUCGUCGUCGGGUGGCGCUCGCCGGUGGCACAAAGGCGCAGGUGGCGUCUGCGGCCAGGUACGGGCUGCUGCACCUCGCGACCCACGCCGAGGUCCACGCCGUCGGCAUCGCGCGGCAGCUGCUGCGCUCGCGCCAGCCCGGCGCGUACAUUGACCAGCUGGAGCGAAGCUGCGGCGGCGAGAGUGACGCGAGCGCCGAGCUGCGCGCCGCGGCGCUCGGCGGCGGCGAGCUGCUCCGCGCGGCGCUUGUGCGGCUCGUCGCCCACUGCGCGCACGUGCAACGUGCGGUGCAGAAGCUCGUCGACGCGGGCGCCGACGCAACGCUGGUGCGCGGCGGGUACACCGUCGCCCACCUGCUCGCCCACCUCGGCGAGCCUUCGCUCCUCCGCGACGCAGCCGAGGCGCUGCCUGCUCGCGAGUGGCGGCGGCAGCUCCUCUCGACGAGCGCGCCGGCGGGCCGCACGCCGCUGCAGCUCGCCGCUGCGCACGGCCACGCCCAGGGGCGGGCCGAGUGCGACGUGGCGGUCGUCGACGUGGCCAGACUCACACCCGCGGAGUUUCGCCGGCGCUUCCUGGCGACGGAGCGGCCGGUGCUGGUCCGCAACGGUUCCGCGCACCGGUGGGCGCAGCUGCGCAGCGCGCUGAGCCACGCGCGGCUGGUCAAGGCCCACGGCAGCCGUACCAUCUCGGUGAGCGAGGUGCCGUACCACGACGGCACGACUCCGACGGAGACGAGCCUCGGCGCCUUUGCGAAGCGGGCGCUCUACUACUUCGAGUCGCUGCCCGCCGGCGCGCUUCGCGACGCGGUGUCGGCGCAUGUGCCGCCGUUCCUCGCGCGGAACAUCGACGCCGGCUGGCUGUCGGAGGCGUCGGUGCAGCUCGCGAUUGGCGGCGCGCGCAGCGGCGCGCCGCUCCACUAUCACAAGGCGGCGCUCAACACGCUGGUCUACGGCCGAAAGGCGUGGUGGCUCGCCCCUCCUCGCGACGCCGCGUACAGCAGCACGCCCGUUGCGCGCUGGGCGGAGGGGGGGCCCAAACGCUACGCCUCCGCCGGCCGCACGCUCCUGCGCUGUGAACAGCGCGCCGGGGACGUACUCUACUUGCCGGACUUUUGGGGACACGCAGUGCUCAAUCUUCAGCCGUCGGUGGGCGUCGCCACCGAGUUUGCUUCGCCGCGGAUGCAGUUCGAGUACCGUGAUGACUGA